AUGGAAAACAAUAAACGCAUAUUAAGAUCCUCAAGCUCUGUUUCAAAAGUCUUAACAUCACUUCUACCAAACUCGAUGUCAAAUCUAGACCAACCAGUGAAUUUCAUUUCUGUGGAAAAGUCCCCAUCUCCAAAUGUGGACGAAAAGAUACAACUGGUACCAUCCUCAUCCAAAUUACGAAGUCUAGACCGAGCCGAAGUGACACUUCUUCGCAAGAAACAAUCUCGACUUACAGCUACUGCAUUAUCCACAUUCAAAAAUUUACCAUCAGGAACUCAUCUAUUGAAUUCAAUGAAAUCCACUUUGAUAUUCGCGCAAUAUGAGGCAGGAACAGCUAUAUGUAUUGAUCCAACUGGAUGGAUACUUACAUGUUCUCAUUGCUUUGGUGACACCGAAGACGAGUAUCGGAAAAAUCCACGUCGAUGGCUUUUAUAUUAUACCGGUCUUGCACUUGAAGUUGAAUGUCGUGUUUGGGAUCAUAAACGUGAUUUGGCAUUGAUGAAAGUUAUCACCAUCGAAGUCGAUGAUGAUAAUUCUGAAAAUAAUAUUCCGCACUUUUCAUUUGUGAAUUUGGCAGCCCAACUUCCAGAUGCUAAAACUCAAAUUAUAUGUAUCGGACAACCAGGAAGUGAUGAUUUAGAAUCUUUAAAUAACCGCAAGACAAAAUAUAAACUUAUAGAAGUAUCAGAAGGAUUAUAUCAAGGAAUGAUAUCUGAGAAAGAUCCUCAAGAUAACGAAGAGAUUGUGUUGGUACGAGAAGGAUACGGAAGACGUAGCACCCACGGAUUAUCUACAUAUUGA